CGACCCCAUAACGGCCAUCAUGGAUUCCCUUCGCUAUGGGGCGGCCGUGGGGCUGCGCUAUGGGGCGGUUAUGGGGCGGAUCUGUGGGGCGGCCGUUUGGGGUUUGAGUUAUGGGGCGGCGGUGAUUUUGGGCAGCCCCGUUUUUCCCCGUGCCCACGUCCUGUUGGUGGCCCUACUUGUGGGGUUGAGGUGUGGGGCAGCCCCACGGAACGUCCGGGCCUCACCCCAUAACCUGCUGGAGGCCCGGCUCCUCCCAUCGGUGGGCCGCUGGACGCUCCUAUUGGUCGGUUCGCUGCUGGUCGCCUCGCUGCCGUUGGUCCGCCCGCCCUCCGCCCGCUGGGGGGCGCUGUUCCGCGCCGCCGCUCGCUGCGCCGUCACUUCCGCCAUCAUGGCGGCCGCCGCCCCUCCGCUCUUCGCCUCCAUCCGGUCCGCCGUCGGCUUGAACCCUUCGCCCCACGCUUUCGCCCUCGUGCUGUGCGGGUUGGCGAUGGGGGAGGAGCUGGGACCGCUCGGAACGCUUCUCCAUCCUCCGGACGGCGGAAGUGUCGUCGGGAGCUCCGAUGCUACGCUUCCGGUUGGCUCGGAGUCCAAGAUGGCGGCGCCCAGCUUGGGGUGGAGGCUGCUGAGAGGGGUGUGGGCCGCCAUCAAGAUGGCGGCCGGGGGGGGUCGGGCGAUCGAUCUGGGGGGGGGGGGCGGUGCUGAUUAA